AAAAAUGGUUGAAGCUACUAAGCCACAAACUCCACAAGGUGCAGACUUGUUAGGCAGAUUCGCUUUAGCUGGUGCUCUCUGUUGCGCUAUCACCCACGGUGGUGCUACCCCAAUUGAUGUCGUUAAGACUAGAAUCCAACUCGAGCCAGAAACCUACAGAGGCGGUAUGCUCAAGUCCUUCCGUCAAAUCGCUUCAACCGAAGGUCCAGGUGCUCUCCUUACCGGUGCUGGUCCAACUUUCGCUGGUUACUUCCUUCAAGGUGCAUUCAAGUUCGGUGGUUACGAAUUCUUCAAGAAGCAAGCCGUCGACUACGUCGGUCUUGAAAACGCAAAGGACAACAGAACCGCUAUCUACCUCGGUUCAUCAGCUCUCGCUGAAUUCUUUGCUGACAUUGCCCUCUGUCCAUUAGAAGCUACCCGUAUUCGUUUAGUUUCAAACCCACAAUUCGCAUCCGGUUUAGUUUCUGGAUUCACCAAGAUUGUCGGUCAAGAAGGUGUUGGUGCCUUAUACGCCGGUUUCGGUCCAAUCUGUUUCAAGCAAAUUCCAUACACUAUGGCUAAGUUCGCUGUUUACGAAACUGUCUCAGAACAAGCUAUCCACGCAUACGGUAAGCCAAAGUCUGAACUUUCAGGUGCUGAAGCAAACACCAUCAACCUUGGUUGUGGUUUGAUUGCUGGUAUGGCCUCAGCUGUCAUCUCCCAACCAGCCGACACCUUGCUUUCAAAGAUCAACAAGACUGAAGCUAAGGCUGGUGAGAGCACCACCCAAAGAUUGGCUGGUCUCGCUAAGCAACUCGGUGUUGGUGGUAUGUUCUCCGGUAUUGGUACACGUCUUGUUAUGGUUGGUGGUAUCACCGCUGGUCAAUUUGCCCUCUACGGCUCUAUCAAGUCCUCCCUUAACGCAACUGGUGGUACUGAAAUUGCCAAGUAAGACAACUUUAGACAUAAUACAUUUAAGAUACAUUUUCCAUUUGAUCCCUAUGCAUU